GUCGUCUUUGACUUCAAACAUGGCUGCCUCCAGCAGGUGAAACACAACAUCAGCUCACAAGUCUGUAAUGUUUACUUCUCCAGCGCUGUCAUCACAUACUCUCCUCUGAGCUGCCCUCAGUGUACCGUCGGUUCAGACCGGACAUGUCGGAGAAAGAGGCCGGGAAAGGGACGGAGGCUCCCCGGGAGAAAGGGUUCAGGACCCCCGGGCUGAGAGGAGCUCAGACCUCGACCCUGUUCAGAGCUUUCAACCCUGAACUCUUCGUUAAACCUAACAAACCUGUGAUGGCGUUCGGACUGGUGACCAUCACGCUGUGUGUGGGUUACCUGGGCUACAUGCACGCCACGAAAGAGAACGACCAGCAGCUGUAUGAGGCCAUCGACAGCGAAGGAGAGAGAUACAUGAGGAGGAAGACUUCCAAAUGGGACUGAAAACACACACACUCUGAACACUCAGUGUGUGUGUGUGUGUGUGUGAUAUAAGGACUGAGGGAUUAAAGCCAGGCUGGGUUGAAACAAGGACUCCUGUAAAGUUUUCUCUGUGUGCUGUCAUUAAAGUGUGUCCACUGUAGACCUGCUGGGUGUCUGUGUCCUAUAAUGAGGCCUCGUGUGACGACUUCAGCUCCUUCUCAUGAAAUGAAAACUGCUGCUGCAGUAGAAAUGUCAUCAAUAACUGCCUCACAGGAUUUUUAUGAUUUAUUAAACAACAUAAAAAAGUU